GCCCGGCGUAGCGGCGUUUAGGCCGAGCUACCGCGGUGAGGAGCGAAGCUGUGGCCAUGAAGGAGGAGAAGGAGCAUAGGCCUAAGGAGAAGCGAGUAACCCUCUUGACUCCCCCAGGUGCUACAGGCAGCGGCGGUGGGGCUUCGGGAGACAGCACCAAAGGGGAAGAUAAGCAGGAUCGGAACAAGGAGAAGAAAGAGGCGUUGAGCAAGGUGGUAAUUCGGAGAUUACCGCCCACUUUGACCAAGGAGCAGCUUCAGGAACAUCUUCAGCCUAUGCCUGAGCAUGAUUAUUUUGAGUUUUUUUCUAAUGAUACUAGUUUGUAUCCUCAUAUGUAUGCAAGAGCAUACAUCAACUUUAAAAACCAAGAGGACAUUAUUUUGUUCAGGGAUCGUUUUGAUGGUUAUGUAUUCCUUGACAAUAAAGGUCAGGAAUAUCCUGCCAUCGUAGAAUUUGCACCUUUUCAAAAAGCUGCAAAAAAGAAGACUAAGAAAAGAGAUACUAAAGUUGGAACUAUCGAUGAUGAUCCAGAAUAUAGAAAAUUUUUGGAGAGCUAUGCUGCGGAUAAUGAGAAAAUGACGUCUACUCCAGAGACACUGCUAGAGGAAAUAGAAGCAAAAAAUAGAGAACUAAUAGCUAAAAAGACAACUCCACUUUUGAGCUUCCUGAAAAACAAGCAGAGGAUGAGAGAAGAAAAGAGAGAAGAAAGGAGGCGGCGAGAAAUAGAAAGAAAAAGACAAAGAGAAGAAGAGAGGAGAAAGUGGAAAGAAGAAGAGAAACGAAAACGGAAAGAUAUAGAAAAGCUAAAGAAGAUAGACAGAGUUCCAGAAAGGGACAAAUUAAAGGAUGAACCAAAGAUUAAGGUACACAGGUUUCUGUUACAAGCUGUGAAUCAGAAAAAUCUGCUCAAGAAGCCAGAAAAAGGAGAUGAAAAAGAAUUGGACAAAAGAGAAAAGCUCAAGAAAUUGGACAAAGAGAAUCUGAGUGAUGAAAGAGCCAGUGGGCAAAGUUGUACAUUGCCCAAGCGUUCUGAGGGUGAAUUUAAAGAUGAAAAGCCUAAGAGACCUGAAGAUGAGAGUGGCAGAGAAUACAGGGAGAGGGAGCGGGAUUAUGAUCGAGACCAAGAGCGCAUCCUGCGGGAGAGAGAGAGGCUGAAGCGGCAGGAAGAAGAGCGCCGCAGGCAGAAGGAGCGCUAUGAGAAAGAGAAGGCUUUCAAGAGAAAGGAAGAAGAAAUGAAGAAGGAGAAAGAAACACUUCGGGAUAAAGGAAAGAAGCCUGAAAGUACAGAGCCAGUAGGCAGCUCAGAAAAAACUGAAAAGAAAGAAGAAGUGGUUAAGAGAGAUCGCAUAAGAAACAAGGAUCGCCCGGCGAUGCAGCUUUACCAGCCAGGAGCUCGAAGCCGAAAUCGACUCUGUCCCACUGAUGACAGCACCAAGUCUGGAGAUUCAGCCAUAGAAAAAAAGCAGGAAAGUGGUAUUAGCCAUAGAAAAGAAGGAAGCGAGGAGUGAUAGGUCCAAAUGGCCUCAGGUGUCCUGACUGUCUAGGCAGCCAAAGAGCACGAAUUAAGCAAUCCAGAAGUGCCUUCAGGGCAAAGGAAUAGAGAGAGAGAGAAAGGGGGUCGCUGUGCUGGUGGGGUACACUGCAGAGGAGUAUGUUUUGCGUUAAAGCAGGAACCCGAUUGCAGGUUCAGAUUGGAAGUACAAUUUUCAUUUUUUAUGCAGUUCCUACAAAUUUAAAGUGUCAGACAAAGCUGAGGGGGAGAGGACAUGCGUUGCAGUUUGCAGGCAAGAAAUAUCAUGAGAGGACUUAUUUAGGUAUGACACGAGAAGAAGAUAGAACUGGCUUUAAAAUCAAAAGGUUUUGUUAAUCCUGGAUUGAAUUUUCUUAAAAUUUCAAUGGAGCAGAGUCACUGUGAAGUCUCUUUCAGAUCUAGUUAUAGUCAUUGUUGGUGAUAACUGUUGACUUUGUGUAGUGUAGAAGCAAGAAGCAUGUAAUUGUAAUACAAGUACAGUGAAGGAUAUAACACAUUUUCACUUAUGCAGAAAUUUAAAUAGUCAUGUCAUGUCGAUAUCUUAUGUCCUAAAGUUUUAGGAUUAGUUUGGGAACAGCUACCCACUCCAGUAUUCUGGCCUGGAGAAUUCCAUGGACUAUGUAGUCCAUGGGGUUGCAAAGAGUCGGACACAACUCAGCAACUUUCACUUUCAGUUUAGUUCUUUGUUUGCUUACAUGAGAUUAGUGUAAAAAAAUUUUUUUAAACAUCUCCUUUUGCCUUUAGCAAUUUUUGUAUUUGUAAAGUUUAACCCUUAGUUGGUUCUUGACAAUCCAGUCUUUGUUUGACUUUAGGUCUCAUGAGCUGAGUGCCUACCCUCUCCAGGAAGGAAACUGCACCAAUAUUUGUUCCUGUUAAAUAGCAACUUAGCUUGUUUUGCAUUGAUGUCAAUAAAUAUCAACAUCACUCAA